UGUUUGGUAAUGGUGUUAAUUAGAUACUAGUAUUCCCCCCUUUUUACUCUCCAGUUUCUGUGCACCCAUUUCUUUCUUUCCACUAUCUCAUGGCAUGUUUAGAAAUGUACAACAACUCUCUUUCUCCUCAUUCUCAUUCUCAGGCUCCUCCAAUGAGCCCCAGAAUCUCCUUCUCAAAUGACUUUGUUGAAUCUCACUCUCAUCAAUCUCACUCUCACCACAACAACAAUUCACACCUUUUUGCAAGAUCAGAAGUAGCACCUGCUUCCUCUGAUUUCGAAUUCUCUGUUACAAAUUCCAACAUCCUUACAACUGCUGAUGAACUCUUCUCUAAGGGAAGGCUUUUACCCUUCAAAGACAACAAUCAGAUGCAGAGGACUUUGAGAGAUGAGCUUCUUGUUACUGAUGAUGAUGUUAGCUUCUCUCUCAAGCCUCCAAAAGGGUCAUCAUCUUCAUCAUCUUCAUCUUCUUCGAAUAGGUGGAAAGGGUUUCUGGGUCUUAGAAAGUCCCACAUUGGGUCUAAAAAGCCUGAGAAAAUCGAUGAUUCUGCUAAAAGGUUUUCUUUCUCCCUUGAAGAUCCUAAUCGUGCCAAAUCUCCUCAGGAAAUAGUGAGCAGUGACAUGGAAAUGGGGUUUUAAAUUAUGGAGAUCAGUUUGGUGUGCUGUUCAUAAUCGGGGAAGGUGCAACGUUGACUGUUUUUAUCUUUUUUUUUUUUUGGUUCUCUAUUUUUUUUACCUUCAAUUUUUCAGAGGAGGUUAUGAUAGAAUCUAGAGGAUGCUAAUAGUAUUGUGGGUAAUUACGGGCUUAUUAGUGGGUCUGGGUCGGGUUUCAACUUGAUUCUUCACCUUUUAUUUAUGGGACUUUUUUUUUCUUCUUCUAAGUUUUGUAGUGUUUUUUAUGCUCUAGAAGUUUGUCCUUUUAGGUGUUUUGAUGUACAAAAGGGAAAAUUUGAUUUGCAGGUAUUUCUUUGUUUUGGUUCAGAUGAUUAGAUCUGUUGUGGUUCUUAGUUGGGGUCUUGUAAUGGGGUAACUUCUUUGAAAUCUAAUGUACUUUGUGUUACAAAUGUAAUCAACUACGAAUAGCCUUUUUGCA